AUGGCGACCCCAGAAAACACUCCUCAAGAUGCAAACAUUGCCCUCUCCCCCAACCGCAUCACACGUCUCCAGGAAAUGGAAGAUCUCCGCAAGCUCAACGACCUUCUGGUCGUUUACGUCGACAACGCCCGUUCCCGGGAAGUGGAGAACGCCGGCUUGCGUUUGCGCAUCACUGAAUCCGAAACAGAGGUGUCCCGGCAGCUGACUGGCCUGAAGGCCGUUUACGAGACGGAGCUGGCGAAAGCCCGUGCGUCUCUGGACUCGGAGGCCACAGAGCGUGCACGUCUGCAGCCGGAGUUGACCAAGCUGAGGAUGGAAUUCGACGAGCUGAAAGAAAGGAACACGAAGAAAGAAUCCGAUCUGGCAGGAGCGCUGCAGAGGCUCAAAGAUUUGGAAGCCUCGCUGAACUCCAAGAACGCGUCUUUGGCGACAGCGUUAGGAAAAAACCGUCGCCUUGAAACAGAAAACCGAGAUCUGGCGACGCAGGUUGCCGAGCUCGAGACCAGGUUGGCCAAUGGCCGAAAGGGGAUGAUGGAUGAGGCUCUCAGGAGGGUGGAAGGAGAGAGUCGCAUUAAUACCCUCAAAGAGGAGCUGGAGAUUCAAAAGAAGCUGCAUUCCGAGGAGUUGCGCGAGGUCAAACGCCGGCAUGAGUCUCGCAUGGUGGAGUUGGAAAACGCCCGCCAGGAAGAUUAUGAACCCAAACGGGCCGACGCCUUGAUGGAGAUGCGAAGCCAGCAUGAACUUCAAAUCAAACUCUACAAAGAGGAGAUUGAGAAGACUUACAAGUCCAGGGUAAAUUGCUGGAAAAUAUCGCCUGAACUCUUUUUUACCUUCUACUAUGCCUGUCGGGUUCAGCUGGAAGGCGCUCGCCAGUCACCGAUUUCACCAUUUAUCAUUUGGACCUUAGAAUCUGUAUCAGCUGCAAAAAGUUUAAAAGGUCUGUGUUGACACUAGCUUGCAGCCCGUGAUGCAAACGUGAAAGAUCUGGAGGAGGCUCUGUCUACAGAGAGGGAGCGGAUGCAGCAGCAACUGGAUGAGUAUCAGGAGCUAAUGGAUGUCAAGCUAGCGCUGGAUAUGGAGAUAAGUGCCUACAGGAAGGUGCUUGAAAGCGGGCAGGAGAGGACACGCUUUUCCCAGAGUCUACCGUCGACAAGCAUGUCAGGAAGUCGCUCCUCGACCACGUCGGCCAGCGGGAAAAGGAAGCGUCCCGACACUGACAGCGAGGCUUUGAACUUCGCCAGAAGCACUGUGCCUCUUACUCUCCUCAUCUCUCUUAGGUGUCAGUUCACCCUGGAUGCGGACCAGGACGGCAAAUAUGUCCGACUCUGCAAUAUAGGAGAUGAGGAAGACCUCUACCACCUAUAUCAAAAAUGA